CUUUGCAUGAGUUAUUAAGGUAAUUAGGGAGCAACUGUGCUGUCGUUUAUAAUCUUAUUUAAGAGGGGCGCCAGAGCAAAUAGUUUGUUAAUGCCAUGGCUCUACGACGAACUAGAAAAGUCCGUCAGAAUUCAGAUGAUCAGCCCGACGGGCAACAAAACUAUGAGCAAAAUAUUAAACUAAACAAGAGAAAAGAGCUUUUCAUACAACAGUUUGAAAAGGAAGCUCAGGAUCGGAUAAAUGAAAUGGAGGCCAAUCUGCACAAGUUAUUGGCAACUGUGGACAGGGUCUUCAAAAUAGAGUUGAUGAAGAUGCCUCACUCCCUUCACACCACGCUUAUGAAAGAUCUCAUGAGUGGUCACGACACCUCCGUAGGCGAGGUCACUAUGGCUAUCACGAGUGCAUCUCCAGAAAUUCGGAAACCCCUAACUCGAAAGCCAAGCAAGAAAGGGUUCAGUGACAUUGGAAUACAGCAAAAAUCAUCAGCUUCAAACAAAAGUACAGUGGAAGGGCAUAAGAAAGGUUCAAAGAAGACCCUGCACUCCAGUAACAGUACAGGAAGUCUACGAUGUGCCUCAACUAUCAGUGCAAAAAGAACUCUAGGACGGGUUGUCAAGCUUGGGUUGGGAGGUAAAUCAAGACAAGUGAGUCGUUCAGUUGGUGAUGAAAUGAUGGCUUCAGCCACAAUAGUAACAUCUCUCGGAGAACCUUUGCUCAUUUCUGAGGACAAUAAAGAUGAAAUCAAUGUUGACCUACUUGACGAUGCUGCUUUAAUACAAAUGCGAAAGAUCAAGGACCUGAUGGACUAUCUUUGUAACAAAGUAGUGUUUAAUAACACUCGCUGAUGUGAUUUUAAUGUGAUCAAUUGUAGUCAGUUUUAAAAUAACCAUUUAUGUCCACUAUGUAAGGUAAUAAACUUAUUU